AUGGUAGCAGGAAGCUAUCGUAUCGGAAUGCAUCUUAUAACAUCAGCUUUAAAGCUGCUCGAACCGCGUUUGGACGACGAUUUCGUCGAUCGCCUUCAUUACUUAUAUACCUCAACUAUUAUUGUUUUAUUCGCCAUCCUUGUUUCUGCCAAGCAAUACGCUGGCAAUCCUAUUGAAUGCUUCGUUCCUGCACAAUUCACUAAGGCAAUGGAGCAAUACACAGAAAACUACUGCUGGGUGCAAAAUACAUAUUGGGUGCCUUUCCAGGACUUGAUACCUCAUCGGCUAGAUGAUCGCGAACGAAGGCAAAUUGGUUAUUACCAGUGGAUACCAUUCGUAUUAGCUAUUGCAGCUGUAAUGUUUCAUGUGCCUGCUACAGUAUGGAGAAUGCUUGCAACACAAUCAGGUUUAAAUAUGUCAUUAUUAGUUCAACUAGCAAGCCAAGAUCAAAACAUUGAUCCAAUUGUUCGCGAUCACUCAGUUGAAAUUCUUACUCGCCAUAUUGACGAUGCAUUAAAAUAUCAACGCGAUUAUGGAAGUCGCAAUAAAAGCAUAUAUUUAUUCGCAAUAAUAAAGCUUGGAAAAGUUUAUGGAGCAUACGUUUCUAUCGUUUAUCUAUUCGUCAAGAGUUUAUACCUCAUUAAUGUUUUACUACAAUUUGUUUUGCUUAAUAAUUUCCUUGAAACUUCCGAUUAUCCAUUAUUUGGUGGACAUGUUCUAUACGAUCUUCUUAUGGGUCGAGAAUGGCGAGAUUCGGGCAAAUUUCCGCGGGUAACAUUAUGCGAUUUUGAAAUCCGUGUAUUGGGUAAUAUACAUCGACAUACUGUUCAAUGUGUAUUAGUGAUAAAUAUGUUCACUGAGAAGAUAUUUGUAUUUCUUUGGCUUUGGCUGCUUUUGCUUUCAUUUAGCACUGCCAUCAAUCUUUUUAUCUGGUUAUUUUCGCUAUCAUUGGCUACUUGGCGUCAUUCAUUCGUAACCAAGUUUUUAGAAUGUCAGUCGACACAAACCCAUCGAUUUGUUCAUCAUUUCCUUCGGCCCGAUGGUGUAUUUCUCUUACAUAUGAUUGCAGCGCACGGUGGAAAUAUUAUUUGCGCACGUUUAACUGAAUCGUUAUGGCUUCGUUUUUUGCAAAGAAGUGGUAAACUUUCGGUGUUUGAUGUUCAAAAAAUAAUGGCUAGGGAAGACAAAAUUAGCGAACAAAACGUUAAGAAUGUUGAAGAAGGAAAUUGGAGAGAAAGUACUUUGCCACCGCCGAUGCCUUUAUUACCUGCCACAACUCAUUUUGUUUAG